GUGAAGAGAGCUUAUUAUGGGAGCUGCUCCUGCUGUCCUAUAUCAACAGCAGCCAGCAUUUCUGCAGUCAUCUCCAGCCAUGGCUCCAAGUGGACGCUGUCAUCUCAGCUGGCAGAGCACGAAACCCUGCGGAAGGCGUCGUUUUUAAGCCGUUCGGUGGGCUGAUUUGCUUCAGAAUGAAGCGAGGUCUGAAAUCACAGUGCCAGAUUUUCCCCUCCCUCGGAGAGCGGGCUAAGAGACCGAAGUGGAUGACUCCAGCACAAGACUGGGGAAACCUGCCCCAUCACGUCGUCCUGCAGAUCUUCCAGCAUCUGUCCCUGGUCGACCGGGCCAGGGCAUCAUCCGUGUGCCGGUGCUGGAAUGACGUCUUUCACACCCCUGACCUGUGGAGGAAGUUUGAGUUUGAGCUCAAUCAGCCAGCCACGUCCUACUUACGCUCCACUCACCCUGACCUCAUUCAGCAGAUCAUCAAGAAGCAUGCCCAACACCUGCAGUAUGUUAGCUUCAAAGUGGACAGCUGCACCGAAUCUGCAGAGGCAGCUUGUGACAUUCUCUCUCAGCUAGUGAACUGCACCAUCAAGACCCUGGGGCUGAUUUCUACAGCACGGCCCAGCUUCAUGGAUGUAUCUCAAGCCCAUUUUGUGUCUGCCCUGACGGUGGUGUUCGUAAACUCCAAGUCAUUAUCCUCCAUCAGGAUCGAUGACACCCCAGUGGAUGAUCCGUCCCUGAAGGUGCUGGUUGCCAACAACAGUGACACCCUUAAGUUGCUGAAGAUGAGCAGCUGUCCUCAUGUCUCCCCAGCUGGUAUCUUGUGUGUGGCAGACCAGUGUCAUGGCCUCAGGGAGCUGGCGUUGAACUACCAUCUCUUAAGUGAUGAGCUUCUUCUUGCCCUGUCUUCUGAAAAACACGUUCACUUGGAACACCUGCGCAUUGACGUGGUGAGUGAAAACCCCGGCCAAACACAUUUUCACACCAUCAAGAGGAGCAGCUGGGAGGCUUUGAUCCGCCACUCGCCGAAGGUCAACAUAGUCAUGUAUUUCUACUUGUAUGAGGAGGAGUUUGAGCCCUUUUUCUGCGAGGAGACCCCCGUCACCCACCUGUACUUUGGCCGAGCUGUUAGUAAAAUGAUGCUAGGCCGCAUUGGACUGAACUGCCCUCGGCUGGUGGAGCUGGUUGUGUGCGCCAAUGGCAUUGAGCCCCUGGAUGAGGAGCUAAUCCGCAUCGGGGAGCGCUGCAAGAGCUUGACAGCGAUCGGGCUAGGCGAGUGUGAGGUGACCUGCAGUGGCUUUGUGGAGUUUGUGAAGAUGUGCGGGGGCAGGCUGACACAGCUGUCAAUCAUGGAGGAGGUGCUGAUCCCAGACAGCAGCUAUAACAUAGAGCAGAUCCACAGUGAGGUGUCGAAGCACCUCGGGCGGAUGUGGUUUCCUGAUAUGAUGCCCACCUGGUAGGCUGACAUGAAGCCAGAGCUAUCAAUGAUGGCAUUAAACUAUGGUUACAGUUUACAAUUUUAAUAGACAUAACAUUUAGAAAAGGAAAAACGAAAAAUCCAUUUCAAGAUGGCCCCUGACUGGAAAGCCCUGCUUGGAGAAAGACUUUGGGCCAGUG